GCAGUAACAGGUAGUGGGUGUGCAUAAUAAAACGUAACUGAACGUGUGUAGCAUGUUAUUUCUAAUGUAAAAUCAUUAAAUAUUCAUUGCAGCCUCUAUAAUUGCUUGUUAUACUGGAAUAACAAGAUGUGAGAACUUUAAAUGUUAGCAAUACAACAAUGACGAAAUAAGAAAGUUAUUUCCUCCAAUCAAAAUCCGUGUUUUGCGUUUCUGCUGUUGCUAACUGUAAACAACAUGGACGACGGCGACGAUAUUGACGAUUUGUUGAAUGAAGCCGAGCAAUCCUUCAAUUCCCGAUUUAAGCGUCAAAAUUGCCGUGUUUCCAAUAUUUCUGUUGUGGAUGAACUAGAUGACUUACUUGCUGAAACUGAUGACAUUAAAGACUAUAAGGCUGAUAAACAACAAAAAGCUGUCAACCCACAUUCCCUGGAAGAGGUAGUCAAAUGUUUCCCCAUCUACCUUGCUGGAAGUCACUUUCCCUGUGGUUUAGGUAACAUCUCUAAAAAAUUGUCAUGUGACAAACUACGUUGCACAUCUUGUGACAUGAAAGUGUUAUGGUUUGAAGACUUUGCAUGGCUUGCUUCACUUGAUUAUCUUUUCUUGAGAAAUAACUUCCCCAAUUUCAAAGAACUAAGAUCAAAACUAAAGCCACAAAAUGGUUCCAGAGCCUAUUGUUGUCAGUGCUCUUGGCAAACAGUAAACACGUUGACAUUCUUGAAACAACUUGAGACGAAAUGGGUUUGUGGUCAGCAUUGAUUAUUUAUGAUUGUAACAAUCAAAAACAACAUUCAUUCAAGACUAAUUGGCAGUAGUAAUUAAAAUUGAUGAAAACUUUGUUAGCAGUU